AUGUCACCUCUGAACGCAAUUGUCACACUGGUUGUAACCUACUUCUGCCUCCAAUCGUUCUACAUAAUAAUUCAGAAGUGGUCUACUCUAAGUUUCAAUGAUAAAGUGACAGCUUUGGAAACUAUGAACAUAGCUCUGGUCGUAUUUUUCGAAGCUUUCGAGAUAAUUUUCAUCACUCGUUACGACCGACUGCUGGGCGAUAUUAUGCGCGGAAAACUCUUUGGUUUCAAGGAAAAUCUUGUGAACAGAAGUGCAAAGUUAGCGUUUUUCCGAAGCCGGAAAUAUUUGAGGAAUGCUGAGAAUUGUGUGUAUGAUGUGAAUGAGUUGAAUGAGAUUAAUUAUGGAGAGAGGUUGAUUGCUGAUGAUUGGGUGUUGAAGAGGAGAGAGGGUCAUGAUAGAGAUAUGACGAAUAAUUAUGGGGAAGUGAUAGGUGGAUAUAUAAGUGAUAUAAAUCCAACAGGAAAUAAUAGAAAUCUGACAGAAAGUCAUAGGAAUGUAAUCAAAUAUGAAGGAAGGGACAAGAACAAUAAAUUUGGAGAUAAACUGAUAUUUGAGAGAUUCUCAAAUGAGAAGUAUUCUCCAAGCAUAGGGUACAGUGUUAGUUUGAAUAGAACUGACACUGGACAUGUGGAAGGAGCGAACUCUACUGAAUUCGAUUUAAAUACAAAGGCUGAACGAAAUGAACCUAAUAGAAUAGAAUUCACAAGUGUCAAUGGAAGUGAAUAUACAAGACAAACUAAGCCAAGUGAACAUGAAGGAGAAAAAUUCACGAUGUCAAGUGGAGAGGAAUAUUUGAGAGGUAAAGACGAUAUCAAUAAUGUGAAUUAUGGAAAUUCAAAACAUCUUUCACAUAUUGAGGAUGAAUUCUCGAGAUCCGUUGGUGAUAACAGUCUGCAAAGACUCAAAAAUCAUGUUAGAGGGUUUCAUAAUUUUGGAGAAACAUCCUCGACUCCAGUGAAUCACUUGAGAUUCACGGACUUCUUGAUCUACAACCACAAGAGAGACAAGGAAGUUCUAGAAAAAAGGUUAUGUAUCAUAGAAUCGCUGUCAACUAGAAUCGCUGAAGGCGUGAUCUAUGCUGCCUACCUCAUAAAAGUGCUCACAUUUUGUGCAGUCUGUGUACCAGUUGUAAGCAUAAUCAAUUAUUAUUUUAGAGAUCAGAAUGUAGCCAAUUUGCAAACUUCAUUCAUGAUCUACGUUCCGUUCACGAGAAGUUCCUUGCACGACAAUAUAGAACAGUUCAUUGUCGUUACUUUAGUACAGUUUGCAUACUUGUAUCUAUUUUUCAAGUUGAUGCUGGAUCUGUUGACGAUGGUGACGUUGUCCUACGGGUCGAUGCGAAUCGAGAUUGAUGUGCUUUUGGACAGAGUGCGCGAUUUUGAUGACAGGUUCUGUGGCAGCGAAUCAACAAUGGUUUUUGAGGAACGAAGUUUCAGAGAAUUGUAUGAGCUGAUGAUGAAGGAAAAACUGAAGAAGAUAAUCGAGCAUCAUCAGAUGAUUUUGAGGAGAGUCCGUGAAUUCAGUGAUUUCGUAACGUAUUGCUCGGUCUACAGUAAUGGCAUUAUCAUAUUGCAGCUAUGCAUUUCUAUUUUCUUGAUCCAAAGCAGUGAACCCUCUUUGAAAUUCAAGUACAGUCUGGCAUGUGUAUCGCUGGUGGCAGUAGUCGCUCAUUACUGCGAGGAUGGACAAAUGGUUGAAGAUAAGUUGGGAAUGAUACGAGAUGCACUGUAUGAGAUAUCGUGGCACAACCUGCCAGUGUCAAUACAGAAAUCACUGCUUUUACAACUCACAAGAAAUACAAAACCACCCACUAUAGGGCCUCUCGGAAUCUUCAUUAUAAAUAGAAAGAACCUUAGUUCGAUCAUAAGAGCUUCAUACUCCUACUUCAACGUUUUGAAUCAUAUCAAAUAA